GCGGGGCCUCUGGACGCGGGCACCAUGCAGGCCCCCAGCGCGGGCGCCGCGCGGCUCUGCCGGGGCGACAGCAGCGACCUGGACCUCUACGACUUCGAGCCGCUGCCCACCCUGGCCGAGGACGAGGAGAACGUGUCGCUGGCAGACGUCCUGUCUCUGCGGGACGGCAGCCUGGGCGAGCAGGAGGCCUGGGCCGUGUGCCUGGAGUGUGGCCUGGCGCUGCGCAGCGUGGCCGCCUCCGCCCCGGGGCUCUUCCACACGCUCUGCAUCACGCCCGACACCCUGGCCUUCAACAGCAGCGGCAGCAUCUGCUUCAUGGAGCAGCUCAGCGAUGACCCCGAGGGCGCCUUUGUUCCCCCGGAGUUCGAUGACACUGGGAACACAUUUGAGGCCCACAUCUACUCCCUGGGCGCCACCCUGAAGGCCGCCCUGGAGUACGUGGCGGAACCAGCGCCCCAGCUGAGCCAGGACUUGGAGGCGCUCCUGGGCCGGAUGCAAGCGGAGGACCCUGCACAGCGGCCGGACCUCCAGAGCAUCAUGGCGCUGUGUGAGGAGAAGCUGCAGCCCACGUCCUCCUGCCGCCUGUGCCGCAGCCUCUCGGCCGCUGGGCGGAGGGUGCUCUCCCUCGAGUCCUUCGGAGCACUUCCAGACGCCAGCGAGAGCCCCUGGAGGGGGACAGUCACGCCUAAGAGUGUAGCACCCACAGACCUGCCCACCCCGGAGGAGCCUCCUGCGGACCCCCUGCAGACUGGCCAAGGCCCAGGGCAUGCCGGGACCCUGCCCCCCAGGCCUCUGCUGCCAGCCCCCGUGAGAAACGGGGAGAGCCUCAACCUGGAGGAUCUGGCCAGCCUCUUCCUGGAUGCCCAGGCUGACCCACACCCCAGCUUUCUGGAGAGGAGCCGCCUGAGGAAAGUGGGAACCUCCCCCCAGCUCUUGCCCGAGGGGCCCGAGGCUGGUGCCCCCCGCCCAUCACUGACCAGUGCCCAGGACCCUCCUGUGCACCCCCAGGGGGCCUCUGAGCAGGGGGUGAACGGCCUGUCGGGCUCUCGGGCUCAGUGUCCACCGUGGCCGGAGCAGGAGCCCGAGGGGCAACAGGGAGGGGCAGAGGGGCCUGGCCAGCGCCCCACAGAGGGAAGCCCCCCUCCCUGUUCCCAGGACCCUCCAGGUGCAGGCCCAGCCGCAGGGCUGCUCCGCGCUGAGGGGGCUGCAGACACAGCCGGGGCGCCAGAAAGUGCCGCCCACAAGCAGGGAGUGUCCCUGCGCUUCGUCCUGUCCUCGCUGGGCCGGCCCUUCCGGGAGCACGAGCUGUGGGCCCUGUCCCACGCCUGCCUCAGCGCCCUGCGGACUCUCCGGCAGCACCCAGCUCGCCUCUGCCUGGACUCGGUGCUGCUGGCUGAGGACGGGGCUGUGCUGCUCGGGCCGGGCCCUGACAAUGGUGCUCACGACACCUUCUUCCUGGCGCCUGAGGUGACAGAACAGAGGCUGGUGACAGAGAAGGCCUCGGUGUACUGCGUGGCUGCAGUGCUGUGGGCAGCAGCCAAGUUCAGCGUGCCCCGAGACCACAAGCUGGCCCUGCCAUGCCGGCUCAAGACACUUCUCCUGGACAUGGCGAGACGCAGCGCCCAGGAGCGGCCGUCUGCAGCCGAGGCCGUCCAGAUCUGCGGGGCUUACCUGCUCCAGCGGGGCCUGGACGGCAGGGACAUCCUGGCCCGCCUGCAGGCUUCCGCCUGUAAGGCUGACCAGAAGGAAGAGACCGUCAGGCUCCAGAACACCCUCUCAGUGGUGGACCUGAGCCCCUGCACGGCGCCGGCAUCUCACCCUGGCUCUGGCUUUACUCAGCUCAGGGGGGACACUGGGCUUGUCCCCAAGCAGGGCCCUGUGCCCAGCCCAGGGGCCUCAGAGCUGCCGGUGGAGUUCACCUCGGCUGCCACACACUUCAAGCCCAUUGUGCUCCUUGCGGAUACAGGCAUGUCCGGCGACGAGCCAGCCCAAAGUCCAGAGAAGAGAGGCUCCCUGGACAGGAAGGAUGAAGGGCAGCAGAGUCUUGUGGCCCAUGGGGUGGUCGUCAGCCUGAGGACCCCUGAGCAGCCAGCACCGGACCCAGGACCAGAACCGCACCAAGAGCCGGAGCCAAGGGGACUGGCCCAGGGGUGUCCCCCGUUGCCUUGCCCAGCACCGACCUUGGAGGAGGCAGCCUCACCGGGGGUGUCUGGCUCUCCUCCACCCAGCCCACCCCCCAAUGAGCCCCCGCAUCAAGGGCCAGAGGGGCAGGAGCCCCCCGGGCCCUCACCUGAAGACCUGAGUCUCAGCCCCUGCCAGCUGGUGGCCAAGAUGCCCAGAAACAGGACCACUGAGAAGCCCAGCCAGGAGGACAGGGACGCCUCAUUCCCCCUCCAGGACACCCCCAGGGCUGCAGUGAGCCCUGGCAGCCCCAGGGGCACCCGUGUCAAGGAGCAGGCCCCGGAGUGCAAGUUUUGUUUGUCCAGCGUGGACGCCCCCACAGGGCCAGCCUGCCCGGCACUGCAGGAGGCCAUGCGUCUCAUCCAGGACGAGUUUGCCUUCGACGGCUACCUGGACAACGGGCUGGAGGCUCUGAUCAUGGGGGAGUACAUCCAGGGCCUGAAGGACCUCACGUACCCCACCUUCUGCGGGGCUGUCUCUGAGAAGUUCUGUGACCUGUACUGGGGGGACAAGCUGCUACGUGGUCUCUUCUCAGUGGUGAACGGACCACAGCCGACUUCCCUAGGGGCUGCAGAGCAGGCUCCCUCCCAGCCGCGGGACAAGGACAGCAGCUGCGUGCACCUGCUCCGAGGCUCCCCAGGCCACAGACACGGCCCCCUGCACAGAGCAGGAAAGGAGAGCCAUGCCGCCGGCCCCCGGGCCCCUGGGCCCCUGGCCCACGCCAACUCGGACGAGCUGUCCCAGGGGAACCUGGAGGUGGGGUUCCGGCCUCAGAGAUCGGUGAAGGCUGGGCGGGAGCCGCCGCCUGUGGUGGCGGGCGAGCCGGCGCAGAGCUGGACCAGCACAGCAGUGGACACACCAGCAGAGGCCGUCUCUGGGCCCGAGGUGGGCGGCCCGGCUGAGUCCCGCAGCUGCUGCCCCGGCUGGCGCAGCGCCUUCUAUGAGGCCGACUGCUUUGGUGCCGAUGUGUCCAGCUACGCGGAAGAGCUGUGCCAGCAGAAGGCCAGCGGGUCCCUCGACACCAGCGCCCACAACCCGGAAGUGGAGCAGCAGCUCCUGAUGGAGCAGAGAAACUUCCGCAAGACUCUCAGGUUCUACCAGAAGCUGUUGCAGAAAGAGAAGCGAGGCAGAGGCUCCGAGGUGAAGACGAUGCUGGCCAAGCUCAAGGGGCAGCUGGAGGGCAUGAGGUCCAGGGUGCACUUCCUCAGGCUGGUCCAGAGGUACCUGCAGGUGAUGCACGCUGAGCGCUGGGGCCUGGAGCCAUGCACACUGCCCGUGAUCGUCACCAUCUCCUCGGCCCCCUGUGACUCCCUGGACUUCAGCCCCCUGGAUGAGUCCUCGUCCCUCAUCUUCUACAACGUCACCAAGCACCCGCGCGGAGGCCGGCCACGCAAGGCCCGUGCCCUGCAGGCAGGGACGCCGCUGGGCCUCAUGGCCUUCCUCUACUCCAGCGACGCCUUCCUGGAGGGCUACGUGCAGCAGUUCCUCUACACCUUCCGCUACUUCUGCUCGCCGCAGGACUUUCUGCAGUUCCUGCUGGAGCGCAUCAGCAGCACCCUCUCGGGGGCCCUCCAGGACCCCACCUCCACCUUCACCAAGAUCUACAGGCGGAGCAUCUGCCUUCUGCACGCCUGGGUGGAGGACUGCUACGCAGUGGACUUCGCCAGGAACGCAGAGCUGCGGGCGCGGCUGCACGACUUCGCCUCCAAGAUUCUGCCCCGGGACGGCUCCGUGGAGCACUUGCUGGGACUGUUGGAAGUGGGCGCAGACCAGCGGGCAGAGGGGCCCCCACGCAGCACUGACACGGAGGACCCGAAGGAGGCUGAGGAGGACGCCGGGCCCCUCAACGCCCUCUGUAAGAGGCUCUCCGAGGACAGCAUCUCCCGGAAGAACUUCCCCUGGCGGCUGUCCAGGGGCAGCGGCCUGGCCGCGCCUCACAGAGAGCGGCAGUACAGCAUUGCGUCCGCCCUGCCCAAGCCCUGUGUCUUCGAGGGACUCUACGGGCCCUGCACUGCAACCAGCGAAAAGGGAUCCUUCUUCCUGACCGAGUACGGCACCUCCCAGCUCUCCAGCCAGCUGACGCUGCUGCAGGAGGAGCUGUUCCAGAAGUGCCACCCUGUCCACUUCCUCAACUCCCGGUCCCUAGGCGUCACGGACAUGAGCACGGCCCUGCCCCGGGCCAGCAGCUCCGAGUGUGUGUCGGCCAGGGCCUGCAGCCUGUUCCUGCCUGACUGCACCCAGGACCCCUUCCUGCUCCAGCUUCUGAGACACGGGGAUGAUGUCAGCACCUGGGUGGCCGCAGAGAUUGUCACCUGCCACGGUUCCAAGUUGCAGGUGAAUCUACUCUCCAAAUUCCUCCUGAUCGCCAAGUCGUGUUAUGAGCAGAGGAACUUCGCCACAGCCAUGCAGAUCCUGCGGGGCCUGGAGCACGUGGCCGUGAGGCAGUCCCCGGCCUGGCGAGUUCUGCCUGCAAAGGUGGCCGAGGUGCUGGAAGAGCUGAAGGCUGUGGAGGUCUUCCUGAAGAGCGACAGUCUGUGUCUGAUGGAGGGGCGCCGCUGCCGGGCGCAGCCCACCCUGCCCUCUGCCCGCCUGCUGGCCAUGCACGUCCAGCAGCUGGAGACUGGCGGCUUCACCAUGACCAAUGGGGCCCACAGGUGGAGCAAGCUCAGGAACAUCGCCAGGGUGGCGAGCCAGGUCUGCGCCUUCCAGGAGAACCCCUACACCUUUGCGCCAGAUGCCAAGCUGCAGACCCACCUCAAGCAGAGGAUCGCUCGCUUCAGCGGGGUCAACAUCUCCCUGCUGGCGGCCGACAGCAGGGCCGACUCGCGCCAGCUGGCCAGUGAGAAGCACUCAAGGAGGAUUCAGGACAAGCUCCGCAGGAUGAGAGCCACGUUCCAGUGA